AUGUGCUACUACUGCUGCUGCCGCCAGCAGUUUGUGGUCAUACUGGUCUGCCUGCUCUAUAUCCUGCUCGUUCUCAUCUUUUUCAUCAACGUUUUUCUCGCCGAUCGCAACAUGAUGCGUGCCAAUGGCAAUCCCAUGAUGGCUGGCGGUCCAUCCGGAGGUGUCGGUGGCAUGCCGGGCAUGCAUCCGGGACACCAUAAUCCGUACGAUAUGCACGGCUAUCAUCACUACAACAACUAUCAUCCGCAAAUGGAUCCCAAGCAACAGCAGCAGCAGCCAACACGCAAGACACCCAAUCAACAGCAGGCAGAACAGGAUAUUUACUACUAUUUCAAUCAUGUAUUCAGGCGGCGAUGAAUUACAUACACCCACAUACGCGUAUAUAUAUAAAUACAUAUAAACAAAACACACGUAUAUAUAGAGUAUAUAUAGAUAUAUAUAUAUAGUCAGCAGGCCAAUGUGUAUAAACGCAAAAAAGAGAAUUAUGAAAUCACAAGAAUGAAAAUCAGAAAUCACUUUAAAAAAUUUCCAUAUUUAAACUACACACAACAACAACAACAAAUAAUAAUAAUAAUA